AUGGAAUUUAGGGAGCCACAUGGCAAAACCCAGGGAAGUGGCAGUGGUUCGGACCAUCAUGCCCCAAAUCAAGAACCAUCUUCUCUCCAACUAGUUUCUCUUCACCACCAAAGUCAACCUGAACCUAACCCUGGGUCCGGCCAGGCCCCAGCCCAUGGUCCCUUCAUGGGCUCCAUCUCCAUGCAAUCAAGAACCAGCUUAGGUUUAUCCUCUUCUACCACCACCACCACCCCCCCUACGACCUCCGCCGUGAACAAUAAAGUGGCCAAAAAGCCAUCGAAAGAUCGCCACACGAAAGUGGACGGCCGGGGGCGGCGCAUCCGCAUGCCGGCCUUAUGUGCAGCUAGGGUUUUCCAGCUGACAAGAGAAUUAGGCCAUAAAUCGGAUGGUGAGACGAUAGAGUGGCUUUUGCACCAUGCUGAACCGUCAAUUAUAGCUGCCACUGGUACAGGUACAAUUCCGGCUAAUUUCUCCACCCUCAACGUGUCUUUACGCAGCAGUGGCACCACCAUUUCAGCUCCACCGUCCAAGUCUGCUCCUCUCUUCCUCGGAGGCUCCACCGGGAUGCUAGGGUUCCACAACCAGCUAUCUUCCAACACCGGGUUUGGGCAAGAUCCGGAGGAGAAUUACAUGAAAAAGCGGUUCAGAGAAGAUAGCAGUGGGGCAGCUUCACCUACAGCUUCUAAACUGGGGAGAUCAGGGGUGCAAGAUCAAGAACCGGGUUCAGAACAAAAACCCAGUUCAACACAGCCGUCCAAUUUCCUCCCGGCUCCCGCCAUGUGGGCGAUGGCUCCGGCUGCCACCAACGUAGGCAACGCCUUCUGGAUGCUGCCUGUGACGGGAGGAGCCACCACGACCACGGUGGGUCCAGGGCAGCAAGAGCACCAGUUAUGGCAGUACAAGGCAUCUCCCAUGCAGAGAAUUGGUGGCUUCGAGUUCCCAAGUGGCGGCCGGUUCAGCCCUGUUCAGCUUGGUUCUAUGGUGUUACAGCAGCCACCGCCACCGGUUCAGCAGCUCGGACUCGGCGUGCCCGACACUAGUAACAUGGGAAUAAUGGCCACCAUUAAUGCAUAUAGUAAUAGUAGGAUUGAUUUAGGCAUGAAUUUGGAGCAGCAUCACCAUCAUCAAAAUCAGCCACAAGGCAGCGAUAGUGGCGAUGAAAAUUCCAAAGAUUCUCAAUAA